AUCUCGCGAGGAUGCUCCUUUUGGUGCCUAUUUCCCUGGGCGGGACGUCACGUGAUGCAGCCUCGUCCAAUCCGUACGCGGGCUGCAGGGGUCGCCGCGGUUCCCGCCAAAUACGAGCGCGGCGGCCGCGGCAGCAGCGGCGCGGGCGGGAGGGCGAGCAGCGGCGGCUGCCGGACCGGAGCCCGCGCCUCCGCCGCCUGAGAGGACCUUGAGCCGCUGCCGGAACGAUGCUGGAGGAGCCGGAGUGCGGGGCGCCGGGCGCCAGGGGAGCGGCCACAGCAAUGGAUUGCAAAGACAGACCGGCUUUUCCAGUAAAGAAGUUAAUACAAGCUCGUCUGCCCUUCAAGCGCCUGAAUCUUGCCCCAAAGGAGAAAACCAAGGACGGGUCAGACAACAGAAGAAGCUCUCCAAGUGCUCCUGCACAAAGUCAAGUCUCUGAUGUAGAAGCCUCUUUGGACAACUUGGAGAACGAUUUUCAUAUGGGUUCUGACAUAGAUUUUAGUCCAAAACUUGUCAAUGAGAAGGGUCCCUUAGAUAACUUUUUAGGAAGUAGAGUCGAAACAAAUAUUGGCAAGACCACAGUCAUCGAUUUGACAGAAGACUCCAGUGACCAACCAAAGGACAUUGUGACCUACAGUAAACUGAAUUCUGCAGCCUAUCCCUCCUUGAAGGAGGCUGUAAAUGGGGUCAGAGAAGCCGAAGGUGAGGGGCUGCUGCCGAAGGUUAGUCAGAAGGAUGAGCUGGCAUUUCCUGAGGAGACUCUUUUAGCCAUUCCAUACAAAACAGAGGAGGAGGGUGCUGGCCUAGGGGACACAGAGAGGAGCAGAGACAGGCAGAAAGCACCUCAAAGCUGCCCCACAUUGACAGAUGGUCUGAGAAUAUGCUCAGAGCAGGACCAGGACGGUUGGAGUGAAGCCGGGGACAUCUUGUUCAAAAGGAAGGUGCCCGUGGUGGUCUUGCAGGAUAUCCUGGGUAUGAAACCUGCAGCUGAGUCUCCAUCGACCCCUCUGGACCAGGGCAUGCCCUCUGAGAGUGAGAUGCUGGACUCUGGUCCUGAAGAAGAUUCUGUCCUCAGCCAUUCGUCUCUGAGCUCUUCCUCUCCUACCAGCUCACCUGAGGGGUGGUCUGCUUCUGAAAAUCAGCACAGCAGCCCUAGUCCCUUCCCAACCCCCACCUCUGUCCGCAGAAUAACUAAGAACUUGGUCAAAGGUUCUGCUGAGAAGAACAAGAUGAAACUACAAAGAGAUAAGGAACGUUUGAGCAAGCAGCUGAAGUUACGGGCCAAAAAAGAGGAAAAAGAGAAGCAGAAAGAGGAGGCUAAACGGGUCAAAGAAGAAGCCAGAAAGAAGAGGGAGGAAGAGAAGGAGAUGAAGGAGAAGGAGAGGCGUGAGAAAAGGGAGAAGGAAGAAAAGGAGAAGGCAGAGAAGCAGCGACUCAAGGAGGAGCGGCGCAAGGAGCGACAGGAGGCCCUGGAGGCAAAGCUGGAGGAGAAGAGGAAAAAGGAAGAGGAGAAACGGUUGAGAGAAGAGGAAAAGCGCAUUAAAGCAGAAAAAGCCGAAAUCACAAGAUUCUUCCAGAAACCAAAGACUCCACAGGCCCCCAAGACCCUGGCUGGCUCCUGCGGGAAGUUUGCCCCUUUUGAAAUUAAAGAGAACAUGGUCCUCGCCCCUCGUUGUCGGAUUGCCUUUGACCAAGACCUCUGUGAUCAGUUAGACCAGCUCCUGCAGCAGCAAAGCGACAACUUCUCCUUCCUGAAAGAUCUAAAAGGCCGGCAGCCCCUCAGGUCUGGACCCACUGUGGUUUCUAACCAGAAUGCAGAGUUUUUAAACAGUGAUGUGGUGAUCGUGGAGAGCAGCAAAGUAGAUGGCGUUCCUGAAAGGAAGAAGUUUGGCAGGAUGAAGCUCUUACAGUUUUCUGAGAAUCACCGACCAGCAUAUUGGGGGACGUGGAAUAAGAGGACGACGGUCAUCCAUCCAAGGGACCCCUGGGCCCAAGACAGGAAGCUCCUGGACUAUGAGGUAGACAGCGAUGAAGAGUGGGAAGAGGAGGAGCCAGGAGAGUCUCUCUCUCACAGUGAAGGGGAUGAUGAUGAUGAAGUAGGAGAUGACGAAGAUGAGGAUGAUGGUUUUUUUGUGCCCCAUGGGUACCUGUCUGAGGAUGAGGGAGUAACUGAGGAAUGUGCCGACCCCGAGAACCACAAGGUCCGCCAGAAGCUGAAGGCCAAGGAGUGGGAUGAGUUUUUAGCCAAGGGAAAGCGGUUCCGCGUGCUCCAGCCCGUGAAGAUUGGCUGCAUCUGGGCGGCAGACAAGGAUGACAGCGCCGACCUGAAGGUGCUAGAGCAGUUCACGGCGUGCCUUCUAGAGACAGUUCCCUCCGAGGAGGAGCAGACGCCCAAGGCCUCCAAGAGAGAGAAGAGGGACCAGCACAUCUUGGCCCAGUUGCUUCCGCUGCUGCACGGGAACGUGAAUGGAAGCAAAGUCAUCAUCCGGGAAUUCCAAGAGUGUUGCCGCCAAGGACUGCUCAGCAAGGACACCAACAGUCCUGAGAACAGCUCCGCCAGCCCUCCGAGCCCUGGCUCUUCCCGCCCACAGACCCCCACCACCAGUGAGGACAACACUGUCCCCUCCAAGGCCAGGCUCAAGCGGAUUAUUUCUGAGAACUCAGUGUAUGAGAAGAGGCCCGAUUUCAGGAUGUGUUGGUACGUCCACCCACAGGUGCUGAAGAGCUUUGAUCAGGAGCACCUGCCUGUACCGUGCCAGUGGAAUUAUGUCACCAUGGUGCCCUCGGCCACCAGGGAGGACAGUGGCACUGUCCCGGCUGCAGGGCCCAGCCAGGGGACACCCGUCUCGCUGAAGAGGAAGUCAGCGGGCAGCAUGUGCAUCACUCAGUUCAUGAAGAAGCGCAGGCACGACGGGCAGAUAGGAGCUGGGGACCUGGAUGGCUUCCAGGCAGACACAGAGGAAGAGGAGGAAGAGGAUGGCGACUGUGUAAUGAUGGACAUCUCAGAUGUUGCUGAAGAGGUCCAGGACCCAUGUGGAACCAUUCCUGGAGCUGGAAGGCCUGAGGGAGUGGACACCAGUGACAGCCCCGCGCCCUCCAGCUCACUUGGCCCCUCCUGAGCACCCCAGUUGGCCCCUGUGUGUAUGUAGAAUGGUUAGGGUUUUCUCAGAUGCUUCUCAGAUACUUGAAAGUCCUACGAUUCCUGUGUAAAGAGCACUUUGUCCUGCUUUGCAUACCCAUCCCCCACUAAGGGAUGGAAAGUAUAUAGGAUGCUUGGUUCAUUCUUUUUGAUAUUUGUAAAAACUUUUCCCCCAAAGUUGCGUAUUAUUCUGCCCUUUAAUAAAGCAUUAUCGCAAUAUGUUGGCCUGUACAGGGAAGCCUAAUCUUGCCCUGAGGACCCUGAGCAGGCACUAUGAUGAAAUGCUUAUAAAUGAAUUGGAGCCCUGCUGGUGCAGCUUAGCACUGGGACCUGACAUGAACAUGUAUAAACUUACUGUCUAGUCCUGA